GUGUUGACUCCUGAGGUGUGGGUGGCUGGGUGGAAAGAGAACGUUCCCUUUAAAGGGAGAGCAAGGCAGCCCCCGGACCUUCACGGAGAGAGGAAUGCGGAGGGUGCAAGGAGUGUCCAGGUGGAGAGCUGCCCAAGCUGGUAUCCGCACCAUGACCUCAGGGUAUAGGCGGAGGAAAGCAGGGAUGAUGGGCCUCCCACCACAGUUGAAUGCUCUGGGCAAGGGAAGUGGGACUGUGCACCCACCAAGAGUUUCUGAGGCCAGGAAGGCCAGGCCUGAGCAUCUCCUGGAGCCUGCGUCCACAUGGCCCUCUGGACCCCCUGUGGUGGGCAACACGGCUGUGCUCCACCCAGACCCCUCCUCUGUAUGACACCCAGGUCCGGAUGCACCGGAGGCGCUUCUGGACCCUCCUCCUCCUGACCCUGCUCCUGCUCCUGUUGGUUGGCCUCCUGCAUGUGGAUGUGGAAAUGCUCACACCCCUACUCGGGGGCCAGACUGAGGGGCUGCCCGUCACCAAUAUCAUGUUUCUCAAGACGCACAAGACCGCCAGCAGCACGGUGCUCAACAUCCUCUUCCGUUUUGCUGAGAGGCACAACCUGUCGGUGGCGCUGCCAGCCGGCUCGCGCUUCCACCUGGGCUACCCCUGGCUCUUCCUGGCGCGCUACGUGGAGGGCGUGGAGCAGGAUGGCCCACAGCGGCACUUCAACAUCAUGUGCAACCACCUGAGGUUUAACCUGCCCGAGGUGCAGAAAGUGAUGCCCAACGACACUCUAUACUUUUCCAUCCUCAGAAACCCCAUCUUCCAGCUGGAGUCCUCCUUCACCUACUACAGACGCGCCGCGCCCGCCUUCAGGGCCGCCCCGAGCCUGGACGCCUUCCUGGCGGCCCCGCACACCUACUACAACCAGAGCCCGAGCCUGAACAACGCUUACGCCCGGAACCACAUGUGGUUCGACCUGGGCUUCGACCCCAACGCGCCGGUGGAGGAGAGCUACGUCCGCGCGCGCCUGGCCGAGGUGGAGCAGCGCUUCCAGCUGGUGCUCAUCGCCGAGCGGGCGCGGCGGCGUGAGCUGGAAGCCCUGUGCCUGCAGGACAGCGCGCCCAAGAACAAGACGCAGAUCACCGACCGCAGGCUGCAGCCGUUUCAGUCCGGGGAGGCCAGCAUCCUGGGCUACAACCUCAGGCAGGGCUUGGACAACGAGACGCUGCGCAUGUGUCAGCGGAUGGUCAUGCCCGAGCUCCAGUACAUGGCCCGCUUGUACACCCUGCAGUUCCCCGCAAAGCCCCCCAAGGACAUCCCCUUCCUGAAGGCAUAGCCCCUCCGUUUGAUGCCCGUCCCUCUGCUGCCACGUUGGGAGGCCCUGGGCUCGGCCUCAGGCUCGUAGCUGGGCUCCUGGGAUUACAGCUCCCCACGCCCAGUGUCCCCUGAGGAAAACGCCUGCAGGAGGAGCUCACGUUGGACGCAGUCCCGGAAGAGAGCCUGUUUGUUGUUCGUGGGGAGGGACUGAGGGCGCCCUGCCUGGCAGGCCAUGAUUCCUGGCUGCCCGGGGCCCAGCGGUGAGAGUGGGAUGCACACAGUCAGUGUCAUAUGCCCUUCAAAACACGUGGUGCCCGGAGCGCUGGAGGAGUAGCUGCUCUCAGCUCAGCCUGGAGGCCCAGCCUGGCCUGCCUGCCCGGUGCUGGGGCCUUCCUUUCCCCUCAGGGCCUCCAGCUCAGAGGGCCGGGCAGCUGGGCUGGGCACCUGCAGCGGGUACUCCUGUGUGUAGGUGUGUCCACACUUUUCAGGUGAAUCAGCAUUUCAAAGAAGGGGAGCCCCCGAAACGAUCAGAACAGGAGGCAGCCGCUCCCUGGAACACUGGGAACUGAAGACGUGGCCAUUGCCUUCUCCCAGGAGGGGCAAACUUUUUCAAAGUGAUUUUUCACCCACAGAGCAGGGUACACAACAAGCUUUCUGAGCACCAUGGCUUCUGUUAGGAGGACACUCCACACGGCGCUACCACCAGGUGACUUCAGCUCUUUAGGAAAACCUGGUCCAGUUAAGACAGGUCAGUAAGCCAGGGAAAGUAGAAGAGGAAAAUUGAGACAAAUAUUUAAAUGACCUAGCAGUUUACAGCCAGCUAGUAAAUCGCAAAAUCCUAUAGUCC